AUGGCCACCGAAAACGCCAGCAGCGUUGCAACCUCCUUUAUGCACAGCUACGGCGCAUCCGAUAUAACCCGCGCUGGCAUAUUCGCCGCCUUUGCCGCGCUAGCCUGGUACAACGCCAUCGAGCUCAUCAUCCUCUGUUUCUUCUCCUUUAAACGCUGGAACGGAUACUACUUCUGGAGUCUACUCAUCGCCUCCAUCUGCAUCAUCCCGUACUGUCUCGGCUUCGUCCUUCUCUUCUUCCCGACGGGCGUUACGCCAUGGCUAUGCGUGACCUUCGUCGUGCUUGGCUGGUACGGUAUGAUCACCGGCCAGUCCUUUGUACUGUGGUCACGGCUGCAUCUCGUGCUACAGAAUAGGAAGCUACUGCGCGGUGUGUUGUGGAUGAUCUGUAUCGAUGCUGUGAUACUCCAUGUCCCGACUACGGUAUUUUUGUACGGGACCGUUGCGCACCCGGAGAGUCAAUGGGCCCGCGCGUACGAUAUCAUGGAGCGUGUUCAGUUGGUCUGGUUCUGUGUGCAGGAAUUGAUCAUUUCCACCAUCUACGUCUGGGAAACGGUCAAAUUGCUUCGCCUCAGACCUGAAGGUCGUCCACAGGGGAUUCUGAACCAGUUGCUGGUUAUCAAUAUCCUCAUUCUGGUCUUGGAUGUCUCAGUCGUCGCCAUCGAAUAUGUCGGCUAUUAUGCCGUGCAGGUUAUGUUCAAACCUGUCGCUUACAGUAUGAAGUUGAAGCUCGAAUAUGCUAUCCUUGGUAAGCUGAUCGUGAUUGCGCGCGGUGGCACGGAUAGUCAGCAUAUGCACUCCAGUGGGCAGGAGAUCAAUGAGACCAGCUCGUUGCCGUCGGAUAGGGAUCGGCCGGUGGAUUUGGAGUCGCCGAUGCGGGAGGAUCGACAGUACAGUCUGCCGUGGUUCUGGGAAAGGAGGAGCUCCGGUCAUUCAAGAUCUACUUCAUCUCGUGUUCUUCAGAAUCCAUGA